UUUUCACACUUUCAACACCUACGGGGGUCGAAUCUUUUUUUUUUCUCUCUCUCUCUCUCUUCCCCCCCUCCCCCGACCAUGGCUGCUGUAACAAGCCCGGAGACGAGCCCUCAACCCCGGGUGUAUUUCCAAACGCCGGCCGGCACCACGGAGGAACCGGAGACCCCCGUGAGGAAGCAGGGACGCGUAACCGUCAAAUACGACCGCAAGGAGCUGAGGAAGAGACUGAACCUGGAGGAGUGGAUUAUCGACCAGCUCACGGACCUCUACGACUGUGAGGAGGAGGCCAUCCCUGAGCUGGAGAUAGAUGUGGACGAGCUGCUUGAUAUGCCCAGUGAUGUUGAGCGGGCAGCCAGGGUCAAGGACCUACUGGUUGACUGUUUUAAACCUACUGAGGACUUCGUGUCAGAGCUGCUCGACAAGAUCCGAGGGAUGCAGAAGCUCUCCACGCCUCAGAAGAAAUGAUGGCCUCCCUCCUCUUCCUUCUCCUCCUCCUCCUCCUUCUCCUCCUUCCCAAGAUCCUCCCCUCCACCUCAGCCUCUCGUCUUCCUGCCGCACUUUCUUUUUUUUUUUUUUUAAGGGGGUUUUCUGACAUUCAAGAUCUUCUUGCGAAACAUCUUGUUACACUCGUUGUUGUCAGACCCUUUUCUUAGUCUCUCCUCUUUCAAUAUUCUUCUCUUGUUGCCUGGAUCCAGCCCUUUUUAAAUUGCUGUAAUCUUUAGUUUGAGUUAAAGCGAAGUAAAGAAUGCAUAAUAACCAGGCGAGAACAACCACAAGCAAAUUAUUGGUCUCGAUUCAGGCGCUCUCCUUCCCUCUCUUGUUUCCCUCCUGCCUCCUUCACCCCUUUGUUUUUUGCCUUACUCCUCUUCCUUGUCCAGCUCGUUUUCUUCCUCCCACCCCGCUGCGUACCACCCUCCGUCUGUCUGAGGAGGGAGAGAAAAGGAGACGAGAUGAGCCCUGUAAUUACUGAGCGGGAAGAGGAACAAGAGAGGAAAUCCUGAAACCUCUUAGAAAGGAACGAAGGAGACACAACCAAUCGGAUUGAAGGAGGGCCUAAUCACUGCUAGUAUCUCAAUAUCUCAACCAAUGAGGCUCCUCGUUUUGUUAUUUUGUGAGUUGUACAUGAUCCAGCUACCAACACGGAUUCUUUUGAUAUUUUCUCAUCAGUUUGAGGGCACAGGGACAUUAACUUGACUAGUUUUUCGACUUUUUGGGGGUCCGUACAGUCUUUUCAGAUCACUCCCCCCCCCCGCCCCCGUAAUCAGAGGCAUUUUCCUACAGUGGUGCAUUUUCAGACUGUCUUUUCCUUGUGUGUGCAUUUUUCUUUUCUUUUUUGAAAAUCUGCACUAUGUCAUUUUGGGAAGAAAACCUGAACCUCUGACCACAGGAAUAAUGUACGGUAUUAUCUCAAGGCUAACGAGAGGAAAAGUUGAUCCCUUGAUAUAGUGGUUGAACCUUAAAAAAAAAGUCACUGGUUGGCUGUGGUUGUCAAACAGUCCUGCUAAUUAUAGAACAUAAAAGACCUUCCUUUGAGGCUAGAGUAGAAGUAGUUUCUCUUAGGUUGGGUGUACUGGAAUAGAAGUAAUAGUCUUUCGAGGGGGGGGGGAACUAUUUUUCUUUCUUCAAACGUGUGGUGCAGUCAUAAGAGAGGCUAUAAAAGCCACUGCUGUCCAGUCUGCACAUAUUACAAAUAUGUACGUCUGUGUGUUGCUAAAUGCUACGUACGUGUGUUGCUACAUAAUGUACAGCAACAUUUAUAAUAGGGGUGUUUUUCUGGCCUGUAUAUUCUGCUGUUCUGUACGAAGAAUUAGGUUUUUAGUAUAGGACUGGUUCCUUUUCUAUUUGUUUUUUUGUUUUUUGUGCUGUUUUUUUUUUUUGUUUUUUUUUGUCAAACACACACUGACAGUCCGACAGGGGGACCCUAACAAAGCUGCCUUGUUUUUUUCUUUGUAUUAUCCCCCCUUCUCUCUGUCUUUUUCUCACUUUCUCCCGAAACUUUUUGACAUGAUUUAAUCCAACACACCAGCUCAGAGCAGUCACACAUACAUGGAUACUCUGAAAAUGUCAUUGGGGCUCCAUGUUGGUGUGGGGGGACUGCGGCUGUCCUCUGCCUGUCAGCACAUUUGACACAUUAUAAUGAGAUAGAGAGAGGGAGGAAGGGAAGCCGCUCUUUUUUUUCUUUUUUUUUUACACUGAAGCUGUCUAGAUGCAUUCACCCUUCUUUUCCCCUCUUGUGUCUCAUUCACACAAACACAGGACACCCUGUGCGGAUCAACCGGAAUCACAUAAGCACAUAAAGCUGCCUCUUACACAGAUGUGCGCACACACACACACACACACACACACACACACACACACACACAAGGCAAUGAGAAAAGAGAGAGAAAGAUAGAGAGACACAGGUCCAUAGCUGUCACAACAUUUGUGUGUUUCCCUGCCGCAGCUGCCAAUCAUCACCAAGAAUAAGCCAUCUGUUUCUUACCCUGAGCCAAUCAGAUCAGAGACAGAGCCCAGCAGCCAAUGGGAGAAGCAGCAACAUUUGCUGUGACUCUUUUGGCCAAGAGCUAACACCUGCGGUGAAAGCAGACCUCCACCGUUCAUCUCUUUCUUUCAAAAUCAACACACACACGCACACACGUACACAUUCAUUGGCCCUUUUUCACCUUGCUGCUCUGUCACUCCCCCCGACAUCCCCCUCUCUCCUCCCCUUCCUCCUCAUCCCAUCCAUUUUCAUCCUUAUGUCAGCCUCCCUUUCUCCUUUCUACGUUUUCUUUUCCUUUUUAAAAAAAAAAAAACAGAUGUUGCCUUAGGUAUUAUUUAUGUUACACAAACCAAAUAAACGUGAGACAUUCAUUUUUAAAAAGGUAACACAGACUGCUAAAACACGUGUUACCGAGCAGAACUGCGGCAUCUUCUGUCGCUCCUCUUUUUCCUUUUUGAAAAACAAAACAAAACAAUGAGAUUCUCUUGUUUGUUUUUGUUUUUUUUUAGAAGUGAGUGUUUAAUACGUAGGCCUUGAUAAAAGUGAUUCUGUUUAGAUAAAACAAUGUUCUUUACAUUUACCAUUUGAAUACUGGUCUGUUUUUAUUGUGAUCAUGACACUUCUCGAUGCCAGGCCUGGGAAUCAUGUAGUUUAACAAAAAUCCAUUCAGAUACAUUUUGGUGCGAUUGCUUUUGCCUUCUUGAUGUGGUUUCCAAAUCUAGCUGGGUCUGCAGUUUUUGGAGACCGUCUGAUUGUUGGGGUUGUUGGCAAGCUCAAUCAAUUGCUGCAUUUGAGUGGAUUUUCAUUUCUAAAUCCAGGUUUGGAUGAUACCUACUUAGACUGUUAUUGAGAAGUCUGUUUUUUUACUGUUGGGGAAAUUGCAAAAAUGAAGUAUAUAUACCGAAUAUCAACAUUGAGGCUAAAUACAAGAACUAAACCGUACGGAUUGGAGGAAUGUAGUUGAUUUUUUUGGACAAGGAUUAGAUCAAACCAACAAACAAAUGUAGCAAUAUCAACAACAGGUCUUGUUUUUGCCCAAUUUUGUUACACUUUUAUGCAACUUUAAUAAAAACAUACAAAAUGGA